AUGCACAACACAACUGCAGCGGUUCCUGAUGCAACUACAGGCAAGCAGCCCGGACACGAGUCGAACGGAUGCCCUCACCCGCGCACCACUGAGACCAAGCAGUGCUACCACUGCCAGGGUCUUGGCCACGUCCAGGCCGACUGCCCGACUCUGCGCCUGAGCGGCGCCGGCACCAGCGGACGAUGCUACUCUUGCGGCCUCACCGGCCACUUGGCACGUAACUGCCCCAACCCAGGCGCUGGGAUUGGACGCGGUGCUGGCGCUCCCCGCGGUGGAUACGGCGGCUUCAGGGGCGGAUUCGGUGGCGGUCGCCCUGCUACCUGCUACAAGUGCGGCGGUCCCAACCACUUUGCGCGCGACUGCCAGGCUCAGGCUAUGAAGUGCUACGCCUGCGGAAAGUUGGGCCACAUCUCCCGCGACUGCACGGCCCCUAACGGCGGACCGCUCAACACCGCGGGCAAGACCUGCUACCGUUGUGGCGAGACUGGCCACAUCUCUCGCGACUGCACCCAGGCCGAGGUCAACGGUGAUGGCGUCGCGCAAGCUCCUGCUGCCGUUGCUCCGGUCGUCCCGACGCCCGCCGCUGCUUAG